CAGACGGAAAAACAGACGAUCAGAUUCAGCUUCAGAUCUUCAGCUACAGGAGAGAAAAGUGGAAAACUACAACCCUGCUGCUUCAACCUGCUGACACUCCACACACUGAAGAGAUCUGAUUGGCUGCUGGAGUUGUCAUCCUGGUUAUAUGUGAGGGAGCUGGCUGGAUUUUAUUUCAGUGCAUUCUGAUUAUAGUGUUCAGUCUGCUGGUCGGGGGACAUCUGAACUUUGUGUGAGCGAUCACAGAUCGAGAGGAAAAAUCAUGGGCUCUGAUUGGUCACAAGAGGAAUAUGACAGCUCUGCUCUUUGGAUUUAUGAUGACGUUUUACAGUAUAAACCAAGCCUCCUACCAGAUAUAGGCAUAGAUGAGUCUCUGCUGAAAUAUUCUGGUACCGACUCUAACGCGGUGCUGCAGGUUUACUCUAAUGAGACGCUGUCAGAGACACUGGUGCCAGAAUACAUCGAGAAACUGGGAUCUACUCUUGGUGCACUGGAGUCAGUCCCGAAUGCUGUUGGACUUGGAGCUUUGGUGAUUUCCUUUAUCAUAGAGAUCAUCAUCAAGGUCAACACUCAGACAAGUGAUUAUACAUACAGCAUGAUACGACGUGUGUUUGGUGAAGAGAAAGCUUCGAGUGUCCGGGACACAAUGUCAGAGUAUCUGAAACGCCAUCGCAUGUUCAUAAACAAUGACCAACGAUUACGGGAGGAACUAAGGAGACUGGAACAGCAGCUGAGCAACCAUCUCACCAUCCUCGCAAACUCCCUGCUGCAUGACGGACAGAUGAGCAGCCGGGGGUUCAAAAUCUGGGUCAACGGAGCCGCCUUCCACGUCCAGAUGUUGAUCUUUGAAGCCCAACUGAAUAUUCAGACUGGUACACCUGCAUCAGGCUAUGUUAAUUCUAUCGAAGUUGCCAUUGAUUCAUACGAACAGGACCUGGAUAACUUGCUGGAGAAACACAAGACCUACAAGAUCAAUUCAAAUAUGUUUACGAGUAAAUGUAGCAACAACUCUUAUCCCAAAAUACGUUUUUAUGAGAAUAGACACAAUAAACUGAGUGGAGAUUUUCCUCAUCCUAACUUGCUGGAGAAACACAAGACUGACAAGAUCAAUUCAAAUAGUUUUAUAACUGAAACUAUAAUAGUAAAUGUCCAUGACCUCAUAGCAUAUAUCCCCAUUAAACAUUAUUAUAUGCAAAAUUAUGAGAAUGGACACACUAGACAGCGUAAAGUUUUUAAUCGUCCUAACCCGUGGCAUGACCCAAAAGCUCUGACGACUUUCAUGAAUCUUGUUUACUCAAAUUAUGAACCAAUCAAAGGUUUAAAGAGUUAUUUUUUAAAGAUCAAGAACGACCUCAACUCUCUAAUCCGUCAACGUGGUUCAUUCACUCUGUCGUCAGCAGUGUCGGGCAAGUGA